AUGGGGAUUCGCGAGUUCCCCAACGGCACGACGAGGGGCAAGACCGUCGCGAUUGGCAUGAGGAGAUCUCCCGAUGUCAGCCCCAGGAGGCUGUCAGACAUAAGCCCUCAACUCCGGCAGCUCAAAUAUCUAGUGGUGGAUGAGGCAAUCAAAGAGGAUUUGAAAUGGUCCCGAUCUAUGGAAGAUCUCACCAGCGCUUCCGUGGGACUGACUUCCAUCGAGGAAAGGAUUCUGCGGAUUACUGGCUAUUACGGCUAUCAGCCCUGGGCUGCCAGCUACAAAAAUGAGCGUUCCCAUGAUUCUCCAGCACCAGCAGAAGCCCAGGCCCAAGCUGGCAUGGAAGCUGCUGGAAGAGGGAGCCGAUGUUGUUGGACAUGCUCUGUGAUCCAGCUUAAGAAAAUUUUCUGGGGUGUGGUGGUGGUACUUGGCGUCUGUUCCUCCUGGUCAGGUUCAACCCAGCUAGCAAAACUGACCUUUAAGAAAUUUGAUGCACCCUUCACUUUGACAUGGUUUGCAACAAACUGGAACUUUUUAUUCUUUCCUUUGUAUUACAUUGGACAUGUUUGUAAGUCAACUGAAAAACAAUCUCCACAGCAAAGAUACAGGGAGUGCUGUAGGUUUUUUGGAGACAACGGCUUGACUUUGAAGGCAUUUUUUACCAAGGCAGCGCCCUUUGGUGUUCUUUGGACCCUCACAAACUACCUAUACUUACAUGCAAUAAAAAAAAUAAACACUACUGAUGUCUCCGUGUUGUUCUGCUGCAACAAAGCAUUUGUGUUCCUGCUUUCAUGGAUCGUUCUCAGGGACAGAUUCAUGGGUGUGCGGAUUGUGGCUGCUAUACUUGCUAUCGCAGGGAUAGUUAUGAUGACUUAUGCUGAUGGAUUCCACAGCCAUUCAGUUAUUGGAAUAGCACUUGUUGUGGGAUCUGCCUCAAUGUCGGCUCUCUACAAAGUUUUGUUCAAGCUUCUCCUUGGCAGUGCCAAAUAUGGAGAAGCUGCCUUAUUUUUGUCAGUAUUAGCUGUCUUCAAUAUCCUUUUUGUUACUUGUAUUCCUGUCAUUCUUUACUUUACCAAAGUUGAAUACUGGAGUUCGUUUGAUGCCAUUCCUUGGGGAAGCAUUUGUGGAUUUUCAGUCCUAUUAUUGACAUUCAAUAUUUUAUUAAAUUUUGGGAUUGCUAUUACGUAUCCUACCUUGAUAUCACUUGGAAUUGUACUAAGUGUACCUGUAAAUGCCGUGGUUGACCACUACUCGAGUGACAUUGUCUUCAACAGUGUCCGUGUCAUUGCCAUUGUCAUCAUUGGCCUGGGCUUCCUCCUGCUGCUUUUGCCUGAGGAGUGGGAUGAGUGGUUAAUAAAGCUCCUUACUCGCCUCAAAGUACGAAAGAAGGAAGAGAUUCCAGAAGGAAAUGGAGACAUUGUUUCUGGAUUACAAAAUAAAAGCAGGAGAACGCGUCCUUCCAUGUCUUCAUUCACACAUUAA